AUGUCCCGAACGAGACGCCUUCUGACCGCCGGCGCAGCGUUGAUCGGCACAGGAGGGGCGGUGGCUUGGUUCGCGUACCCCGCCCUGCUCAACACCUUCAACCCGGUGCCGGAGGUCCCUAUCGAUGGCCUGGUGCCGUCGCGCCAGGAGCAGUUCGACAAACUCAGGGCGGGGUCGCGGGACAAUCCGUACGAUGUGCUCAUAAUUGGAGGGGGCGCCACGGGUGCAGGCUGCGCCGUCGAUGCGGCGUCCAGGGGCCUUCGCACCGCGCUUCUGGAGCGCGAGGACUUCGGGUCUGGGACAUCCUCCCGCUCAACGAAACUCUUGCACGGCGGUGUUCGUUACCUGGAGAAGGCGGUGUUCAGCUUUGACAUGGGCCAGUUGAAGCUCGUUUUUGAGGCGCUGCGCGAGAGGAAGACGUUGCUGGAAAUCGCGCCGCACCUCACGAGGUCAUUGCCAAUUAUGACGCCGUGCUACAAGUGGUGGGAGGUCCCCUACUACUGGUCAGGGCUCAAGGCAUACGAUCUAGUGGCGGGUGUGAAGGCGUUGAGUUGGUCCCGAUAUGUGACACCACAUGAGUCCAGGCGUCUCUUUCCCACGCUGGCACCCAAACGAUCUGAUGGAAGCAGCAUGAAGGGAACGAUUGUGUACUAUGAUGGCCAGUUUGAUGAUGCACGGAUGGCCGUUACUCUGGCCUGCACAGCAGCCCUAAGUGGUGCGACAACGAUGAACUACGCAAAUUGCGAGCGCCUGAUCAAGGGAGAAGAUGGCAAGAUUGAGGGUGCUGUUGUCCGUGACAUAGUGAACCAAAGGGAAUGCCAAGUUUUUGCAAAGAGCAUCAUCAAUGCUACUGGCCCCUUUGCGGAUGCUGUUCGGCAUCUGUCAAUGCCUGAUGCAGAGAAUAUGAUCAUGCCCAGUGCCGGCGUGCAUGUCACGCUGCCAGAUUACUAUUCACCUGAUGACUUUGGCAUGAUUGUGCCAAAAACGAAGGAUGGUCGGAUAGUGUUCAUGCUGCCUUGGUUGGAUCACACAAUCGCUGGAACGACGGAUUCCAGUUCAGAGAUCACUAUGCGGCCACGUGCUUCUGAGGCUGAGGUUCAAUUCAUUCUAGAUGCUAUUGCUGACUAUUUGACUGUUCAGGUACGAAGAUCUGAUGUGCUGUCUGCUUGGUCAGGCAUCAGGCCCCUUGCCAUUGAUCCUGAUGCAAAGAGCACUGCAAGUGCCUCUAGAGACCAUGUUGUUGUUCAGGGUGAGGAUGGUAUGGUGACUGUCUGUGGAGGUAAAUGGACAACAUACAGGGCAAUGGCUGAGGAAGCUGUGAGCAAGGCAGUGGAGGUUGGGAAACUAAAGCCCAAAAGGAGGUGCUGCACAGCACGCCUGCCGUUGUUGGGGUCUCGAAAAUACUCCCCUGUGACGUUUACAGAGGUCGCCCAGAACUAUGUCGUUCCACAUCGGCCUGGCGCCAUAGACACACGCGUUGCCAAGCAUCUCGCUCACUCGUAUGGCGAUCGCGCGGAAAUGGUCACGAAGAUUGCAGAGGACCGCAAGCUGGGUCGCAGGCUUGUACGCGGACACCCAAUGCUCGAGGCAGAGGUCGUGUAUGCUGUGAACAACGAAUACUGUGAGACAAUCGUGGACUUUAUUGCACGCCGUACUCGCCUUGCGUUCCUGGAUGUUUUGGCAACGAAGCAGGCUCUCGGCAAGGUGGCAGACCUGUUGGCACAGGAGAAAAAGUGGAGCUCGCGCCGGAAACGCGCGGAAAUUGAAGCAGCUGAGAAGUUCCUGGAGACGUUUGGGAACCUGGAAAAUUGA